UGUAACUUCAACGGCCACCUCCCUCCUCGUUUCACCUCCCAUUCACCUCCCAUUCACCUCCCAUUCACCUCCCAUUCACCUCCGCCUGUCGUCACUACGCGAGGCCGCCAUCUUCAGUCGUGCCGAUUGCGAGUAUAUCGGUUUAAGGGUUGUUCUCGACUUGAACAAGCAGAUUGAAGAGCUCGCGGGUUUCCGGGUUCGCGGCGUAGCGACCAUGCCUCCAAAGCGAAAGGCGCCAGGCGGGCAGGCAAAUGCAGCCAAGGCAGGGCGUGUCUCGGCCAUGUCGACGCCAGGCCCGGCGACGCCCCGUAGCCUCGACAGCUCAGUCAUGUCGGAAGCCGACGAGGAUUUCGACGAAGACGUGUCUGAGGCCCAGAGGGAACGCGAGGCGAUGCUGUCCAAGGAGGCCGAUGAGUUUGUGAAUAAGUUCACUAUCGGCUCCAGGCGCAUGCAGGGUCAGACGGACGACAAGGAGGUUAGGCGCUUCGAUUCGGCCACGCCCUUCUUCAGGAAGCGGGACUUCUCCCACCUUCCGCUCAAGCCCGAUCACCAAAACCGCCCGCUGUGGAUAGACCCAUACGAAUGCACAGUCGUUCUCGAGCGCUUUCAUCCGCUGGCCGAGCAGGCGACCGACUUUCUCAUCACCAUCGCUGAGCCAAAGUCGCGUCCCACGUUUUUGCACGAGUAUGCCCUGACGCCGCACAGCCUAUAUGCCGCAGUGUCGGUGGGGCUGCGGCCGAAGGACAUCAUCAACACGCUAGAGCGCUUCCUCAAGACUGCGCUGCCUGACAUGGUGCGCACCAAGAUUGAGGAAUAUACGAGGAGUUUCGGCAAGGUGAAGUUAGUGCUCAAGCACAACAAAUAUUACGUAGAAACCAUGGACGCCCAAGUGCUGCAGACCCUCCUUAAGGACGAGGAGAUCGGCAAGCUACGCGUCCACGGGUCCGACAAGGUCACCACCAGUCAUGCCCCGACCCUCGGCGGUCUUGUCAUCCCGGGGACGCAGAACGCAGCCGGCGUCCACCAGGCCAAUCUGAAGCAGGCCGGAAUGAAGCCCGGUGAAGCAGCCGAUGCCUCCAACGAGGCCGACCUCUUUACCGCUUUAAAUGAGGAAGAUGAUGACGACGAUAAAGAGGCAGUCCAUGCCUUUGAGAUAUCGGAUGCUGACGUCGAGGCGGUCCAAAAGCGCUGUCUCGACAUUGGCUAUCCCAUACUGGAAGAGUAUGAUUUUAGGAAUGACGACGUAAACCCGAAUCUCGAGAUUGACCUUCGUCCCAACACCCAGAUCCGCCCGUACCAGGAGAAAAGCCUUAGCAAGAUGUUCGGUAACGGCCGCGCCAAGAGUGGCAUCAUUGUCCUGCCCUGCGGCGCGGGCAAAACGCUCGUCGGUAUCACGGCCGCAUGCACCAUCAAGAAGGGGGUCAUCGUCUUGUGUACCAGCUCCAUGUCGGUUGUGCAAUGGCGUCAGGAAUUCCUCAAGUGGUCCAACAUCAAUCCCGACGACAUCGCCAUCUUCACGGCCGAGAGCAAGAACAAGUUCUCCGGCAGUACCGGUAUUAUCGUUACCACGUACUCCAUGGUCACCAACAGCCGCGAGCGCUCCCACGACUCCAAGAAGAUGAUGGACUUUCUGCGAGGGCGUGAAUGGGGUCUGAUGCUCCUCGACGAGGUGCACGUCGUCCCGGCCGAUAUGUUCAGGCGGGUCAUUUCCUCCAUCAAGUCGCACUCCAAGCUCGGGCUCACGGCCACGCUUCUGAGAGAAGACGACAAGAUCAACCAUCUCAAUUUCCUCAUCGGGCCCAAACUGUACGAGGCCAAUUGGAUGGAGCUCUCCCAGCAAGGGCACAUCGCCAAAGUCCAGUGCGCUGAGGUCUGGUGCCCCAUGCCGACCGAGUUUUACGACGAGUACCUGCGGGCCAACUCACGCAUGAAGCGGACCCUCUACGCCAUGAACCCGCGCAAGUUCCAGGCCUGCCAGUACCUCAUCAACUACCACGAAGCCCGCGGGGACAAGAUCAUCGUCUUCUCGGAUGAGCUCUAUUCGCUCAAGCAAUACGCCCUCAAACUCAAAAAGGUCUUCAUCUACGGCGGCACCUCCCAGGCCGAACGGAUGCAAGUCCUCGAGAACUUCCAACACAACCCCGAGGUCAACACCCUAUUCCUCUCCAAGAUCGGCGACACGUCGCUCGAUUUACCGGAAGCGACCUGCCUCAUCCAGAUCUCGUCCCACUUCGGCUCCCGCCGCCAGGAAGCCCAGCGCCUGGGCCGCAUCCUCCGCGCCAAGCGCCGCAACGACGAAGGUUUCAACGCCUUCUUCUACUCGUUGGUGUCAAAGGACACGCAGGAGAUGUACUACUCGUCCAAGCGCCAGGCUUUUCUGGUGGACCAGGGCUACGCCUUCAAGGUCAUCACGCAGCUCGCCAACCUCGAGAAGACGCCCGACCUGGCGUUCGGCACCCCCCAGGAGUGCCGCGAGCUGCUGCAGCGCACGCUGGUGGAUAACGAGCGCGGCGCCGAGGACGAUGUCGAGACGGAUGACCUGUUUGGUAAGGUAUCCCGCCGAGCGGGCGGGAAUGGCGGUGGUGGAAGGAAGGGUAACGGGGUGAGGCGCACGGCGGGUAUGCUGAGCGAGCUGGCUGGCGGGCAGGAUAUGGCCUAUAUCGAGCAGAACAAGGCUGCCAAUAAGGCGCUCAAGGCCGCUGCGGGCCGGAAGAAGGGCGGUGCAGGGCCUGGGGAGCAGAGCAAGUUCUUCAAGGGCAUACAGAGGGAGAAGGAGAAGAGCAGGGCGCGUGCUGGCUAGCGGCAAUAGGCGCUGCUGCCUUUAUUUACUCUUUUUUCUCCCUUUACCGGGGUUUUAUAGAUUCGCCAGGCGCCCUGAUCACGAGCAAUGACGUGAAGCGAGCUCGACAAUUGGGUAUAGAAAUUGAACC